UGGUAGAAAAUUGCGUACAUUAUUCUCAAGAUUCCUUGACAAGUCUUGGGAAUUUAGAGGUUUGCGAAGUCUGACCUUGAAUGAUGCUCGUAUGACAGAGUUGCCAGAUUCAAUUUGCAGGCUGAAACAUUUGAGGUAUCUCGACGUUUCACGAACAGAUAUCAAAGCGCUUCCAAAAUCCAUCACGAAGCUCUAUCAUUUGCAAACCUUAAGAUUCAGCGACUGCGGGUCACUCAUAAAGUUUCCCAACAAAAUGGAAUAUUUAGUGAGCUUGAGACAUAUUGACUUUAGUCAUACGCCAGCUGAUGUUGGAUGCUUAACUGGUCUUCGAUCACUGCCAUUCUUUGAAGUGGGUCAGGAUAAGGGCCACAAAAUUGAAGAACUGGGAUGCUUGAAGGAACUGAGAGGGAGGUUGAGAAUAGUCAAUCUGGAGCAUGUAAGAGACAAAGAAGAAGCCAAGGGAGCAAACCUGUCUGGAAAAGAAAAUAUUAACACAUUGGUAUUGGUAUGGAGUUCAGAAAGAGAAAGCAGCAGCUCCAGCAUCAAUUACAAGGAUGUGUUGGAAGGCCUCCGGCCUCACCCAGACAUACGAAGCUUAGAGAUUGAGAAUUAUCAGGGAGAUGAAUUCCCACCAUGGUUUUUUAUGCCAAUACUCAAUAAUUUGGUGGUGCUGAAAUUGAAAGGCUGUAAAAAACUUCCUCCAGCAGGACAUCCUUCUCAUCUUAAAAUUCUUGAGAUAGAAGGAAUGGAUGUUGUGGAGAUAAUAGGUGAGGAGUUUUAUAGCAGUGGUGGAAUGGAAGUAGCAUUUCCUUGCCUGGAAGAGUUGAACAUUAAUGGGUGUCCCAAGUUAGAAAGCAUUCCAUCCAUGAGCCAUCUUUCAUCAAAACUUGUAAGAUUGACAAUCAGAGACUGUGAUGCAUUGAGUCAUAUAUCUGGCGAAUUCCAAGCCUCUGCGACAUCUCUUAAAUAUUUAACCAUAAGGCGUUGUUCCAAUCUGUCAUCCAUUCCAAGCCUUCAAAGCUGCAUAGCUCUGGAGGCAUUGUCUAUUUCUACGUGCUACAAUCUGGUAUCGCCUGUUAUUCUAGAAUCGCGUUCUCUUACAAGUGUAUUCAUUGGUUGGUGUGGAAAAGCAAGUGUUCGAAUUAGUUGGCCACUAUCCUACGCAAAUAUGAAGGAAUUGAACAUCGAGAUCUGCGGGGAGCUUAUCUUCUCUGAUGAUUUACAUGGAGGAGAAGUGUGGCCUUCUCGUUUUCAAUCACUAGUCAUUAGAUGCUGUGAUCAAUUCAAGUCAGUUCCUGAUGGUUUAAAAAGAAGACUGCAUUCUCUUGUUCGAUUAGAUAUCAGCUGGUGUCGAAAUUUAAGUCAUAUUCCAGAAGAUUUCUUUUGCGGCCUCAACCAAUUGAAGGGAUUGCAAAUUGGUGGUUUCUCGCAGGAAUUGGAGGCAUUUCCUGGAGUGAAUUCAAUCCAACACCUAGGUGGCUCCCUUGAAGAGCUUAAGAUAAUUGGGUGGAAGAAACUGAAGAGUCUACCACAUCAACUUCAACACCUCACCUCCCUUACGAAAUUAAAUAUCUAUGGUUUCAACGGAGAGGGAUUCGAGGAAGCAUUGCCAGAUUGGUUGGCCAACCUUUCUUCUCUUCAAGAGCUUACAAUUUGGGAAUGUCAGAAUCUCAAGUAUCUGCCAAGUUCAACAGCCAUGCAAAGCCUCUCCAAACUAACACGUCUGAUAAUUAGGAGUUGUUCGCUUUUGAAGCGAAAUUGCACGGAGGACAGUGGGUCUGAGUGGCCCAAGAUUUCUCAUAUCCCACAUAUCGAUUUACCAUAGUGAGGAAUAAGCGCAACUCACCCAAUUAAAUAAAUAGUAAGGAGCAUAAUCUCACCACCAAUUUCCUCAGAAACGGCAGAUGAAGAUCUAGCGCAAAAGAAACAAGGGCUCCGUGCUGCGCAGCCAGCCACUCGCUUUGAUUUCUGACAGUCAACCAAACAAGAGCGGUUCAUUUCACGAGCAAACGGUCAAGAAACCUUCAAUUGUGCAUCCCUCUGACAUUUUAAGGAAACGUCUCAGCCUGUAGAAGGGUUUAAUCAUCUGGGUUUUUUUUGAUUGCAUAGAAUAGUUUGGAAGCUUCUGGUGGACCAAAUGGUGGAAGAUGGUCUUUUAUGGUGAUCCUUUAUGAGAUGGAUUACUAGCCCAACCAGGUGAAAGCAUUUCGAGGCCGGCAAGGACAAGGGGAAGAGCCUGAUGUAGGGGACUCGGACUGGAUAAAGCAAGAGCAGCUUUUUGUUAGGGUAGCUGAAAGACGGAGACCAGAACUAGAUGCCAAAGAAGCCCAAAAAUCAGGGCUACGUUUUCAGAAAUGCGAGUUGGAAAAGGAGGAGAUACGUGCAAUUCUUUUGAGUUUUGCUGAACCAGGAGUUCUUAUUGUGGGAUUAUGUGGACAAAGAAACAAUGCUUCCAAGUAACUAGCAACUCAGAGAUACAGUGUGAUGAAGGAUUUGCUGUUGUUAUUUGAAACAACUUCUGAUUUGAAUGCUCACUAAGCUGGUUUUUUUUACAUAAGAAGCAGAAGAAUAGAGGUUCAUGCACGGACGCAUGUUGCUUCAUUUGACCAGCUCAGUUUCAAGAGAAAAAUACUUUCGUGCUCAGUCAACCAAACAAGAGUGGUUCAUUUCACUAGCAAUCGCAAAAGCAUAAUAGAAUUUUUCUCAGAGGUACCCAUGUUUCUCCUGAUUCUAGGUCCUGGAAGGAAUAGCAAUCGUCAUCCAUCAAGAAAACUGUCAGCACACCUUCCUUCAACUAGUGCUUCACUCUGGCACUUUAAGGAAACAUCUCAGCCCCACAUUCCAUAAGGGUUUAAUCAUCUUCAGGUAUUUGAAUAAUACGGAAGGUGCAGGUAGAGCAACUGAUGGCAGACGGUCUUUGGUUCGAGGCAAGCAUAUAACCAGAAAUUGACAAUGUCUUAAAAUCAUUUCCAACUUCAUUUUACACCCCAGUUUAAUAAAUCUUUGUCAAUCCUUCCAAUUAUCUGGAUCUUCAUGAACCACAUCCAGUGAGCUUGUCUUGAAUAUGUAGUUUGGAUGGGGAAAUGGGUUGUUGAGCUGUCUUAGGAGUUGGGCUCUGUUAGGAUCUUUGUUUUGCAAGAUGGCUUAACUGGUAAGAUGAAGUUAUGUGUUGACUGUUUUCCUUCUCUUUGGCAGAGAUGAAAAUCUGCAAACUGACCAUUACUUAAACGUUCCUCGAUGGAUGACCAAGGAAUCGAUGGAUUCCAAAUCCACCACUUCUGAUCUUAGAAAGAAGGGAGGAUUUUCAGAUGCUUAGAGAAACUUGGCUCACCUGUUUCACUUCCCUUUAGAUGCCAGAAGUUCUGUAAUCAGCGCUUAAGUGAUCAAAACAAGAUGAGAAAUCUGGAAUUGGAUUCAGUGAGGCUGGCUUGAUCUUCAACAGACAUGGUAGGUGAAGAUGCAGUGCAGUCUCUGUAGCAAAGAUAAGCAAUGUAAAAUGUCUUCUGGUAGUACUUCAAAUACUGAUACUUCAUCGACCCAAUCAUCUCAUCCUAUCGACAUUUUAUUUAGAUUUUGCUCGGACAUGGAAAAGCUCAGUAUAUUCAUUGUACCAAAGUGAAGGUGCUGACAAGGAUGCAUCUAUAUAUAUUACAUUGGUUUUCAAUGUACUUUUACAUCUAACUUGAACUAUAAUAUUAUGAAAUCUUGAACUUUUUAGUGAUAA